GAGAACAAUGUUACGAGUGUGGGCGCUUUUAGCUCUGUUUUGGAGUGGCAUCCUUUUUAGCGGUGCUCACAAAUGUCCGAUUUCCCAUCAGUGUGUUCCCAAAGAAAAUUGCCGACGAGAAGAGCCCAUUUUUGAUCUAACUUCUACCAUCGAUUGCAGCGACUUAGAAGUCUGCUGUGAAAAGUCUAAUGUGAUUGGCAAAAAGCUUAGGCCUCCGACACUUCCACCAGGUUCCCUUUGUGGCAUGAGUAAUCCGAAUGGUCUAGAUGAAAACCAACAAGUAGAUGGGAAUGAGGCCCGCCCGGGUCAAUUUCCUUGGGUAAUGGCUUUGUUAAACAAGGGCCAAUAUUUCGGAGGCGGUUCGUUGAUAACCCCAGGACUAGUACUAACAGCAGCCCAUAUUCUGCUAUAUAAGUCCACUGUCUACAUCAAGGUCAGAGCUGGCGAAUGGGACUUGUCCUCCAGUGGGGAAGUUCUGCCACCCGAAGAGCGCCAAGUGACCAAGAUCAUUACGCAUGAGGCGUUUAAUUUCAGCAGCGGGGCCAACAACUUGGCCCUUCUCUUUUUGGAUUCACCAUUCGAGAUAAAAUCCCAUAUUCAGACCAUAUGCUUACCUAUUCCCGGUAAGAACUUUGAAGGACGUCGCUGCAUGGUUGCCGGUUGGGGAAAAAGAUCAUUUGACGGUACCGAACUUUUGUCCAUACAACAGAAUAUCGAACUGCCCAUAUUGUAUGGUUUAAGGUGCCAGCAUCAAUUAAGACAAACUUCUAUGGGUUCGAACUAUACGCUGCCCGACAGUUUGAUUUGUGCCGGCGGACAGCAGGGCAAAGAUGUUUGCUCUCGAUUUGGAGGAUCCGCCCUUUUCUGCGCCCUCGAAGGGGACCCCAAUCGCUAUGAACAGGCUGGCAUCGUCAACUGGGGCAUCAAGUGUGGCCGGGAAAAUGUUCCGGCCCUCUACACACAUGUUUCCAAGUUCAAAGAGUGGAUUGAUCCGCAUUUGGAGCAAGUGUUCAGCGUGCCCGGAGAUCAAGUUUUUUUUAUGAGCAGUCAUCUUUGAGCACAAAAUUCGAAAUAAUCAAAUUCCAUACCUUUAUGAAUUAUUUUUGAAUAAAUGCCAAAAAU